AUGACGAUUUCUCAAUAUCCUUAUCAAGAUGUAUCUCUGAUUGUUAUUCAUGUUCCCUCUCCUUCUUCUUUUCUUGAGAUCAUAGAUCAAAAUAGGCGGCACAUGAUCUGCGGUGCGAUCGUCACCGUCUUGGUGACGUGGCACGUUUGUCUGACUACUGGAAAUGAGGAUUUUAUACCUGUACAAAAUAUUACUGAAGGCAGUGGACAGGAGGAAAUGACAAUUUGGUCGAACGAUCUGCCACCGCUAUCGUCGGAAAUCGAUUUUCUACGGUCCACAACACAGAAAACAGUGACAAAACGAGCGACGAAAACUUUUUACAAUGGAAUUCUGGACCGCCCGUUUUUCUCAGUGUUCUCCUACUCAAAACCCAUCAUUCCGCCCACUGCAAUCAUUCCACUCAACCGCCCAUUGCAACGUGGCAACAGUAUCCCACAGCUACAGUACAUCGCUUUAUGGGCGCCACGCGGCCAACCACCUCACUGGGGCGCGAUUUUCCAGAAUGUUCUAGGAAAAUUGGAUGGAAGUUUUAUAAAAGAUCGAAGGAUAUACAAUUUGUCAUCCACCGAAAUGCAGAAUACGCCUGUCCGACUGGUACAGUAUGUCGGAAAUGAGCAGGAGAAUAAUUUCAAAUUCGCCUGGACAAAAGCGAUCGAUGUUGACAUGGCUACAGUAGUCUCGGAACACGACUACACACAAAAAUGUAGUCCCCGAAUGGCGCCGGCCGUGUUACAGGACCAAGGAUACGAGUUUCUCGGCGAGGCGGAUAUUGAUAAUCGAAUAAUGUAUUAUGUGGAUCACAAUAUUGUAAAUUCGGUGUCUGGGUGA